UUCAUUUCUAACAUUAAUCGUAUCGACCAAACUAAACUUAACCACUAAGCACUCUUCUCUCAGUUCCGAUUCCCAAACUCAGAAUCCACCAUGUCGUUUCCCUUCAGCCACACCCACCACCGCAGAGACGACGACGACGACGACGAACGACGCACCGCUUACCCUCCGCCGGGAAACACCUUCCCCAACCCUCACCAACAGCCGCCCCCACCAUUCUACGGCGCUCCUCAACCACCACCCCCUGAGCCCGAGACCAACGUGUUCCACACCUCUCACGUGCCGCCACCAGGACACGUGUCGCAGGAUUUCGGCUACUCAGCUCCCCCGUCUCAUCAUCACCACCACCAUCAUCAUCAUGAAGCCGAUCACGGGUACUCCCACGGGUACUCCCCUGCUCUCGAUGCAGCUGAUUACCCCCCUCCUGGAACCACCUCCACCGUUCACCACGUGGCUCACGAGUCCCACCACCACACCCCUCAUUUCUCUUCUCACAACGCUCCCAGCAGCACCACCACUGUGACCCACGUCAGCCACCAGACGAACACCGGUCUCCGGAGCAAACCUACAGUGAGGGUUGUCACCAAAGCUGCGCCCGAUUUCUCUCUCACCAUUCGUCAUGGCCAAGUCAUUCUCGCACCCUCCGAUCCCUCCAAUGAGUACCAGCAUUGGUACAAGGAUGAGAAGUACAGCACGAGGGUGAAGGAUGAAGAGGGGUGCCCUGCUUUCUCUUUGGUCAACAAGGCCACUGGUGAGGCCUUGAAGCAUUCCAUUGGUGGCUCUCAUCCAGUUCGGCUGAUAGCUUACAAUCCAGAGUACCUUGACGAGUCUAUUUUAUGGACUGAGAGCAGAGACCUAGGUGAUGGGCACAGAGCUAUAAGGAUGGUGAAUAACGUUCAUCUUAAUGUGGAUGCUUUCCAAGGUGAUAAGAAAUCUGGAGGUGUGCAUGAUGGCACUACAAUUGUCCUCUGGGACUGGAACAAAGGUGAUAACCAGCAGUGGAAGAUCUUACCUUACUGAGUGGAGUGGCUUUGAAGAUGCUGAGUUAAGAGGACCAUUGGCCUUGUAUCUGAGUGGUUUGUGCUUUGAAUAUUUUCCUUGCGGGUGUUAUCUAGAAUAUGAAUGAUCUGGUGCAUUUACUGCUACUAUGCGAUGCAAUCAGCUUUUUUAAUUGAAUAAAGUGUGUGUUUAUCUAUUACUACUGCGUACAUGUGACACUGGUUUAUUGUGCUGAUUACCAUAUAUUGAUAUUUGUGGUGUAUACAGUUCAUGUACCUCUUUAUAUAUCUUUGUUUCAUCUGUCA